AUGUCUACUCUCAGCAAGCACCUACGCAGGACGGCAAAACCUCUACCGCCUAUCAACAGCAGCUCGUUUUCGGAAUAUUUUGACUGGCUAGGACAGUAUGACUUUGUGCUGAUCGGUGACGGCAGCCAUGGCACGUCCGAGUUCUAUCAAGCCCGCGCGGAAAUCACAAAGCGGCUCAUAACACACCAUGGGUUCCAAGUCGUGGCGCUCGAAGCGGACUGGCCUGACGCCGAGGCCAUCGACCAUUACGUCCGAUGCUGGCCAAGAUAUCCUGGCAUGUCGGAACCUAUGGAGAGCCCUUUCAAGCGGUUUCCCACCUGGAUGUGGCGCAAUGUCGAAAUGCAAAGCUUUGUUCGCUGGAUGCGUGAGUAUAACGAUUCGCUCCGAGUGGGAGAAGACAAGGCUGGGAUAUAUGGCUUGGACCUGUAUUCCUUAGGAGCUUCUAUGAAUGCAGUGGUCAGCUACUUGAAAGAUAUCGACCCUGAAAUGGCCAAAGAAGCCAAACAGAGAUAUGGCAGACUCCAGCGCUGGGUCGGAAAAGAGCAGCAGUACGGGUUGCAGGUGAAAAGCGCCGGACUCAAGUCUUGCGAGACGGACGUCUUAUCGAUGCUCAUCGAGCUCCUCAAGAAGAGGCUCGAGUAUUCUUCCAAGAUCCACGACGGCCAACGGUUCCAUAGCGCUGAACAAAACGCAGCGUUGAUAGUCGACGCCGAAGAAUACUACCGCAAGAUGUACUACGCCGACGAAAUCACCUGGAACCUCCGAGACCUGCACAUGUUUGGCACUCUGAAACGUCUGAUGGAUUUCAAGAAAAGAAAGGUAGUUAUUUGGGCGCACAACAGCCACCUUGGCGAUGCUAGGCAGACCGAGAUGGGGAUGCGACGGGGCGAGAUCAACCUGGGCCAGCUGUGCAGGCAGCAUCUACAGAAUGUGGUCCUUGUAGGAUGCGGGACUCAUGACGGUGCCGUGGCAGCGGCCAAGGAAUGGGGCGGAGAGAUGGAGAUCAUGGCAGUCAACCCAUCCCGCGAAGACAGCUGGGAGAGGGUCGCCCACGAUACGGGCCUUCCUAGGUUCCUGAUCGACCUGCGGAAGGGACAUUGCGACUGCAGGCUCCGACAAGAGCUGAAGGCGAACAAGCUCGAGCGCUUCAUAGGCGUCAUCUACCGCCCCGACACGGAGCGGUGGAGCCACUAUAGUGGCUCCAAGCUGGCGAAACAGUUCGACGGCUACCUUUUCUUCGACAGCACCCACGCCGUUACGCCGCUGGACAAGAAGCAGCCCUUGACCCCGGUCGGCGAGGCCGAGACGUACCCAUUUGGCGUUUAA